CAUUCCGUAAUUAAUUUCUGCUUCUUGGCACUGAAAAAAUCUGCACGCCCUGUGGGUGCCAGCGCUAAAAAUCAUUGGCUCAGCGUGCUACAGAUCCCCUUUUUGAAUCCAAAUGAGAAUGCAAUAAUAUGUUCUUAGAUGAGUGAUGUGUCUGGCCCAGGCUAACAAGAUCAUUAAAGCACAGAUAUGCAUUGGAAGAAACGACAAUCCUGGAUAGCUAGUUGAAUGCGGUAGACGUCAUCUUAACCAGAAUUACUUAAACGACAUAUGAGGAAUGGGGCCUUGGCUAUCUAAUCAUGUUUGUUUACGUACAUAUGAUUGGCUACACAGUCUCUUGCUUUCCUUAUCCACUUUAAUUCCUUUUGCAAAUGAUUGCAAAUCAGAUGCAUCUGGUUGACCUACCUGAUUAAAGGUAGGACUAUAGAAGGAGGAUUAAAGAAAUUGCCUUCAGAAUUGUACAUAUUACCUGUUUCACAAGUUUAUGUUCUGUAUGUUUAUUUUUUUGUUCCAUUUCUUUAAAGAAUGUAAUCCAGACAGUCUAGCGUUUAUGUUUUGUAAGCUAAGUAUAGCAGUUUUUAAACUCACCUUUGGAACUCACAUCCUUUAAAUAUUUGAGAAUAAACUAAUGCUGCUGUACAUUUCAAUACUAAUAUUCUAAUAGUUAAUAUUAACUAAUAUUAACUUAGCUAGCUUUCUUGGGGCGGGUCAGCAGUUUGAGGUUAUCCAAUGUAAAGUGUAAAAUAAGCCAAGGUGACAGUAAUGCCGAUGGGGAGAACAAACAUUUGCAUUGGUGCGUGUCCAGGAAGAAACGAAAAAAAAUUAACUACACCUCCCAGUAUCCUCUGUGAAAUCACUGCCCUUUGCUCCCGAUCACGACGCCGUCACCAUGGCAAACCAAUAUGGCGGGUUCUGGUGAGUUUCCUGAAACAAGUAGUUAGCAAGCAUGUUAUAACAUUAGCUCACUAUGUAAUUGUAAUUUUAAACUAAUGCUUCUCCUUAGAAUCAAACGAGACGUGAAUAUAUACAUUAGUCUAGCUAACAUACCGCAUGGGGAACGUAGCCACAUUACUGGCUAGCUAGACACAACCAUCAGAGCUAGCUGACGAUACGUUCUAGCGUUAACUAUCGUUAGAUAAAUUGACUAGCAAAUACCAGUAACCUUAACUACCUGUUAACUUAGCUAAUGAAGUUAGUUCGUUUUUUUAUGCAUUAUUGUUAGCGUUUUAGUUGCAUUAGUUAAUCUUAAAACUGAUAAAAUAGUCAGUCUUCUCAGCAUAUCUCAGCAAAUCUAGCAUAGUGAGGACAGUUAGAUUACAAUGUUAAUUGACGACGUUAUAUAACUUAACCACAGCUAUCGACAGCUAGCAAUGUAUCGAUAACGACAUUACCGAAGAUAACUUAGCACAUACGUCUGGUAGCUGCUUUGAGUAAAUGAUGAAAGCCUACUUGUUUGUGGACCAAUUUCAUGACCUAAUUUGCCUCGCUUAGCUCAGCGCCUAACAUUGCAUAAUACACAUUUUGUUUUUAUGCUUUUCAGGAAAAAGUGCAAUCGUAUCCUUCAGGAAAGUACCAUCAAAUUUCAAAUCACUAAGUUUGCUCUUUCACUUUUGCCGCAUUUGCACUUGUCAUUGUGAAGGUUCUUAAACUCUACCCUGUCCUUAACAAACGCACCUAGCUGUCCUCGGCACCACUACAGGUCCUGCUUCAUCUGAAUGGCUGGUAUCUUGCUGCCAUAUCCCAGAGCUAAUCUUAUUCUUGACAUAGUGCUACUCUUUCUCUACCUUGGCCUUGAAGUCCUCAGGCUCUUUUAUGGUUGGAAAGGGAACCUGUGUGAGCGCUCUCUGGCCCUGAUGCUAAGCGUGGCAGUGCUGGUGCCUUGCGCAGUGCUCUGCGUGUAUUACCUGCUCCUGCAAACCUUUGUCCUGCGCCUGGAGCUGGUGCUCAACGCCAUACAGCUCUGCUUCUACAGCCUGGAGCUGCUCCUGAGCCUCAUUACCAUUUCCGCUUUCUCAAGGGCAAAUGUGUAUUAAUGUGGCUGUGGUCCCAAUGAGGCAGUGGUGAUGUCCAGUGUGUUUCUGAAAAGACGGGUAAAGAAAGAGAACCACACAGAGGCUGCUGUGUACAGGAAUUCCUUUGUUAGUGUAUAGUUCACUUUUGGAUGCAUUGCACAAGCUAACUUUUUAAUUUAGCUAUCAAAGUUUGAAUAGAUUUUUCUUUUUUAAUGUAUAUAAUUGUAUAUAAGUAUUUCAUAUGGAUUGUUUUGUUAAUCUGCCGAGAAAUAAUGUAAUGUAAAAAUAUAUUGGUAACUACAUAAUUAAUUUGUGUUUACAGAAGCCCUAGGUAUUAUGAAUCUUUUUAUAUAGUAACUUCUUGAAAGUACCAUACAACAUUGCUUUGCUAACAUUACAAUGCAUGUUAUCAAGUUAUUACUGAAAAAUCAGCCAAAAAUAUUGCUUAGAAUAAAUAUAUAUUUGUAAUGUUAUUUGUAA